AUGCCUGUCCUUCCGGAGGCGAGGGCGGCGGGGCGCGCCGUGGCCCUGGCCCUGGUGCUGCUGUUCCCCGCGGGUCCCGCGGGCGCCCUGCCCCGCCUGCAGCCAGGCAUGCCGCACGUGUGUGCCGAGCAGGAGCUGACCUUGGUGAGCCGAAGCCAGCCGUGCCUGCAGGCUUUUAGCCGGGCCGUGCCCGUGUGGAAGGCGGGCUGCGGGCGGCAGGCGUGGUGCGUCAGCCACGAGCGGAGAACCAUCUACUACACGGGCUACAGGCAGGUGUAUGCCAUGGAGGCACAGACCGUGUUCAGGUGCUGCCCCGGGUGGAGCCAGCAGCCUGGAGACCAGGGCUGCCUUUCGCCCCGGUGCAGCGCUGGCUUCUGUUUUAACGGUGGCCACUGUGCGCCCGGCUCGGCCCAGCUGUGCCGCUGUCCCCGAGGCUUCCAGGGUCCCCGCUGUCAGAACGAUGUGGACGAGUGCCAGGUGCGCAACGGCGGCUGCCAGCACCGCUGUGUGAACACACCAGGCUCCUACGUGUGCGAGUGCAAGCCUGGCUUCCGGCUCCACGCGGACGGCAGGACCUGCUUGGCCAUCAACUCCUGUGCCCUGGGGAACGGCGGCUGCCAGCACGAGUGUGUCCAGCUCACGGUGACCCAGCACCGCUGCCAGUGCCGCCCCGGCUUCCAGCUCCAGGAGGACGGCCAGCGCUGUGUCCGGAGAAACCCGUGCGCGGACCGGAACGGCGGCUGUGCCCACACGUGCCAAGUGCGCCGGGGGCUCGCCCACUGUGAGUGCCACGCUGGCUUCCUGCUGGCGGCGGACCGCAAGUCCUGUGGAGAUGUGGAUGAAUGUGCCACGGGGCAGGCGCGAUGUGCCCACGGCUGCCUCAACACCCAGGGGUCCUAUGGGUGCACGUGCUACCCCGGCUACGAGCUGGGCGCUGACAGCCGGCAGUGCUACCGGAUCGAGAUGGAGAUCGUGAACAGCUGCGAGGCCAGCAACGGGGGCUGCUCCCACGGCUGCAGCCACAGCAGCGCGGGGCCCCUGUGCAGCUGUCCCCGGGGCUACGAGCUGGACGAGGACCAGAAGACGUGCAUCGACGUGGACGACUGUGCCGACUCGCCGUGCUGCCAGCAGGUUUGCAGCAACAGCCCUGGCGGGUACGAGUGUGGCUGCUACGCGGGCUACCGGCUCAGCGCCGACGGCUGCGGGUGCGAGGACGUGGACGAGUGUGCGUCCGGCCUGGGCGGCUGUGAGCACCACUGCACCAACCUGGCCGGCUCCUUCCAGUGCUCCUGUGAGGCCGGCUUCCGGCUGGACGAGGACCGUCGAGGCUGCGUCCCCCUGGAGGUACCCGAGGUGGACCUGGACGGCCAGCUGCCCUUCGUGCGGCCCCUCCCACAUGUCGCGGUGCUCCAGGAUGAGCUGCCCCACCUCUUCCAAGAAGAUGACUACGUGGGGGCCCAGGAGGAGGAGGCGGCGGCGGCGGAGGCCCGGGGCGAGCACACGCUGAUGGAGAAGUUUGUGUGCCUAGACGCCUCCUUCGGCCAGGACUGCAGCCUCACCUGUGAUGACUGCAGGAAUGGGGGUGCCUGCCUCCCGGGCCUGGACGGCUGUGACUGCCCCGAGGGCUGGACCGGGCUCAUCUGCAAUGAGACGUGUCCCCCAGACACCUUCGGGAAGAACUGCAGCUUGUCUUGUAGCUGUCAGAACGGCGGGACGUGCCACCCCGCGACGGGGGCCUGCCGCUGCCCCCCUGGUGUCGCUGGAGCUCGCUGUGAGGAUGGCUGCCCCAAGGGCUUCUACGGCAAGCAUUGCCACAAGAAGUGCCACUGUGCCAAUCGUGGCCGGUGCCACCGCCUCCACGGGGCCUGCCUCUGUGACCCGGGGCGCUAUGGCCGCUUCUGCCACCUGGCCUGUCCGCCGUGGGCCUUUGGGCCGGGCUGCUCCGAGGAGUGUCAGUGUGUGCAGCGGAACACCCUUGCAUGUGACCGGAGAGACGGCAGCUGUUCCUGCAAGGCGGGCUUCCAGGGCGAGCGGUGCCAGGACGAGUGUGCGCCGGGCUUCUUCGGGCCGGAGUGCCUGCAGGUGUGCACCUGCCCUCGGGGCGUGGCCUGUGACCCUGUCAGCGGCCAGUGCGGGAAGCAGUGUCCCGCUGGCUACUGGGGGAAGGACUGUGACCAAGAGUGCCCAGAGGGGACAUUCGGUGUCAACUGCUCCGCUUCCUGCUCUUGCCGGGGGGCACCCUGCGACCGGGUCUCGGGGCAAUGCCAGUGCCCUCCCGGGAGGACUGGGGAUGACUGUGGGGCAGAUUGUCCCGAGGGCCGCUGGGGGCUGGGCUGCCAGGAGAUCUGCGCUGCGUGUGAGCACGGUGCCAUCUGUGAGCCUGGGACCGGAGCCUGCCUGUGCCGCCCCGGUUACACGGGCAGCCGCUGCCAGGAUGUGUGCCCGGUGGGCUGGUUUGGGCCUGGCUGCCAGAUGAGGUGCACCUGUGCCAACGAUGGGCACUGCCACCCGGUGACCGGCCAUUGCAGCUGUGCCCCUGGGUGGACCGGCCUCAGCUGCCAGAGAGCCUGUGACAGCGGGCACUGGGGACCCAACUGCAGCCACACCUGCAGCUGCAGCGCAGGCCACGGGAGCUGCGACGCGGUCAGCGGCCUGUGUGUGUGUGAGGCCGGCUACGCGGGCCCGCGGUGCGAGCAGCGGUGUCCCCAGGGCUACUUUGGCCCGGGCUGCGGGCGGCAGUGCCAGUGUGAGCAUGGGGCAGCUUGUGACCACAUCAGCGGGGCCUGCACCUGUCUGGCUGGCUGGAGGGGAACCUUCUGUGAACGCGCCUGCCCCGCCGGCUUCUUCGGCCUGGAUUGCCAUGGCGUCUGCGACUGCGCUGUGGGAGCAUCCUGUGACCCUGUGAGCGGCUCCUGCCUCUGCCCCGCCGGCCGCCAGGGUCCCCGCUGCGCCCAGGCCUGCCCAGCCCACUCGUACGGACACAACUGCAGCGGAGCCUGCACCUGCUUUAAUGGGGCCUCUUGUGACCCCGUCCACGGGCAGUGCCACUGUGGCCCUGGCUGGACGGGCCCCACCUGCCUGGAGGCCUGCCCUUCAGGACUGUAUGGUGAGAACUGUCAGCGUUCCUGCCUUUGCCAGCACGGGGGCACCUGCGACCCUGUCUCCGGCCACUGCACGUGCCCAGAGGGCUGGGGUGGCCCGGCCUGUGAGGAGGAGUGUCCCCCCGGACACUUCGGAGCCGGCUGCAGACAUAGCUGUAGAUGCCACAACGGUGGCCUCUGUGACCGGCACUCGGGCCACUGCCUCUGCCCAGCCGGCUGGACCGGGGACGAGUGUCAGAGCCCCUGUGCUGAAGGCACGUUUGGGGCUCACUGUGAGGAGCGCUGUGCCUGCCGGCGGGGUGCCACCUGCCACCGCGUCACGGGGGCCUGCCUCUGCCCCCCGGGAUGGAGGGGCUCACAGUGUGAGAACGCCUGCCCGCGUGGCUGGUUCGGAGAUGCCUGUGGCCAGCGCUGCCAGUGCCCGCCUGGCGCCCCCUGCCACCACGUCACCGGGGAGUGUCGCUGCCCUCCGGGCCUCACGGGGCCCAGCUGCGAGCAGGCCUGCCCACCAGGCACCUUUGGGGAGAGCUGUGGGCUGAAGUGCCGCUGUCUCGGCGAGAACCAGGUCUGUCAUCCUGCCCUGGGGACCUGCACGUGUGCCGCUGGCUACCACGGCUCCGGCUGCCGGCAACGGUGCCCCCCUGGGCGCUUUGGGCCUGGCUGUGAACAGCUAUGUGGGUGUCUCAACGGGGGCUCCUGUGACGCGGCCACCGGGGCCUGCCUCUGCCCUGCUGGCUUCCUUGGGGCUGACUGCAGCUUGGCCUGUCCACAGGGCCACUUCGGCCCCGGCUGUGCGCGUGUGUGCAGGUGCGGGCAGGGAGCAGCCUGCGACCCUGUGACUGGCGGCUGCAUCUGCCCCCCAGGGAGGACUGGCCUACACUGUGAGCACGGCUGCCCUCAGAACCGGUAUGGCGCGAGCUGUGAGCACGUGUGCUCCUGCAGAAACGGGGGCCUGUGCCAGGCCACCAACGGCAGCUGCUCCUGCGGCCUGGGCUGGACGGGGCCACGCUGUGAGCAGGCCUGUCCUCCCGGUCGCUAUGGUGCCGCCUGCCGCCUGGAGUGCUCAUGCCAAAACAACGGCACCUGCGAGCCGGCCACGGGCACCUGCCGCUGCGGCCCCGGCUUCUACGGACAGGCCUGCCAGCACCCUUGUCCCCCCGGCUUCCACGGCAUGGGCUGCCAGGCGGCAUGUGAGUGUCAGCACGGAGCCUCCUGCCACGCCGUCAGCGGCCAGUGUCUCUGCCCGGCCGGCUUCCACGGCCAGCUCUGUGAGAAAGGGUGUGAACCAGGCUCAUUUGGAGAGGGCUGCCGCCAGCACUGUGACUGUGAGGGAGGGGCACCCUGCGACCCCGUCACUGGCCAGUGCCUUUGCCCCCCGGGGCGCACAGGGGCCACUUGUGACCGUGACUGUAGACCAGGCUUCUUCGGGCCGGGCUGUGCCCUGCGCUGCAGCUGCACGGCCGGGGCCGGCUGUGACCCCAUCAGUGGGCGCUGCCACUGCGUGGACGGCUACACAGGGCCCACCUGCCGGCAAGCAGCCUCUCAACCUGCCUCUAACGGAGCAGCACCUGGGCUCGGCAGCAGGACCCACAAACACUAGCGCAGAGGCAGCCCUCCAGCAGGCCCGCCUCCCAGGUGCUCUGACGACGACUGAGGAGGGGCCCAGCCUGGUCUCCGAGGGCCGCGCACAGCCAGUCGGCC